AUGGAUUCCGAUGGGCCAGGGGCCGCCAAGGUUGUGCCCAAACCUGUGCGGCAGAAGAAGGGAGAAGGGGCGGGCGCGGGUGCUGCGGACAAGGCGGAUGCUCCGCCACCGGAGCCGCAUCCUGUGAAAAGAAGGCGUGUGUCUAGAAACAGUGAUGGCUCUGGGGCCAACUCAAGCAAGGAUGAAAAGAAAUGCAAGCGGUGCAAGAAGUUGCGCCUUGUGAGUGACUUCUAUCAGGGCCAAGCGAAUUGCGCGGAGUGCAGCACCAAGCUGCGCACAAUUCGAAACAUUGCCAAGCGGAGCCAGGAGGUUCAGUGGCUAGACAGCUUAGAUGACAGCCAGCUUGACACUUUGCUCGCAGCCUACACAAAAGAGCACGAGGCAGCGAAGAAGGAGCGGUGCAAGUGCACCUUCAACUUGACUCUUUACAAAGAAAAGAGCAUUCGUGCUGCUGGGGUGCGAAAAGAAGUCCGGAAGCGAAUGAUGAGCGAAGAAUGCUUUUAUGAUUUUGCAAAGGGUGCGCAGGGCGGCUCGCUCAGCUCAACACAAGCCCAAAGGAAAUGGGCUGAGUACUUGGCAGACCCCAACACAGUCCAAGAGGGUGAAGGGAGCACCUUGAAGCUGUCCAUCCCUAUUGCCACUGACAUCAUUGAUUACGACGAUAUUUCCAAGCAGAAGGAGCUCGAACGCCAGCAGAAGCUUUCCAAACUCAAUGAAGCUCAGUAUGAAGGUAAGGUGGAUGCAUUGGUUCUUGGAGGUGGCAGGCCAGAUUGCAAGAUGAAUGGCGCAAAGACCAAAGCAGCCCUGGCUGACGACUCUGAUUUGGCGUUGCCGACCCUUUCUGACCUGGCUGCCAAGACCAAGGCCAAAGCGAAAGAAGCUGCUGAGGGUGAGGAUGAGGCCAGGAAGAAGGAUCCUGCUGAUUCUGAAGCUGAAGGUGACACCAAGUGGUUUGACUCUGUGGCGCAACAAGCCAAGGCAGCCCGCCAAUUUAGCAGCAAACUCGCCAAAUCAUCUUUAAAGAUGGUUGCCAUGAUUGGACAAAUGGAGGUUGCCCUAGACUCCGCUCGAGGCUCAGCGGGUGCCACCUCUGCAGGCACAGAGAUGAGGAUUCUUGACAACAGGCUCAAAGCCUUGAGACUCAUCAAGGAUGCUGGGGCAGAGGAAUUUCGGCUGUAUGUUGCGGAGCUCCAUUCAAAGUCACAGGCAGCAAAAUCUGCAGAGACCGUCUCCCACUCAAGCGCAGCUGAUCACCAUCUCGCGCAGGCUGAGGAGUUGAAGGCAAAGUUCAACUCCGUUACCGCCCAAGAGGAGUUGAAUGCCACAUGGAAAGAAGCCAAUCGCAUCAUGUGUCACUGGGAGGAGCUUCUCUCUGCUUGCAGAACAGCUGUCUCAGAGCUCAAGAGAGCGACAGAGGUGAAGUCACAGGGACAGGGCGGUCGUGGCAAGAAUGCCAAAGCAAAAGCCAAAGCUAAGGGCCGGGCCGCGCGAGCCACCUCCAUGUACGAAGUCUUCAGCUAUGACAAGUCCACUGCCAUCGACGUGUAUGAUGUUUGUCCAUUGUCAGCUGACCGUGUGAUGGACACGCCUUUCAUCCUCACGGCGGUGCCUUCCAUCAUGGAAAAGCUCCUAGCGCUCAAAGAGCCUUCUGCAGACGCCCCGGAUGCCACCAAGGUCUACCAAGAAUUGACCAGCUUCCAUGAGAAGUUCGCCAAGAGUGACCUCCGCUUCACCACCGGCAAAGCGCAAAGGCCCAUGAAAGAAGCUGUUGGACAGGUUGUCUCCACCGCGCUGCGAGGUUCUUUGUCGGGACACGAGGUGGUCGAUGCCGGCCACUGGCUGCCGCCCAGAAAAGUGAUCUUGGCCGACCCAGAGAAGAUCGUGACAUUGUUGACCGACCAGAACCACAAGCUGAAGGAGGAAGACCGCGAGAAGGUCACCUAUGCCUCAGCUGUUGCAUUCUUGACCCAUGCCACCCCCAAGGACUUGGAGGACCUUGGUGGUGGCAUCUGGCAAGGAACAUUGAAACCAGGCCAGCUUUUGUGGACGCCCGCUGGCAUGAUCGCCGGAGAGCAGACAAGUGAGUCGGACCACCUUGGCUUGAAGGUUUCAUUGGUGGCAGUGGGUGAGACAGGUGAUAGUCGAGGCAUUGCCACACUGCGCAAGAUGCAAAUGGAGGGGAAGGACCUCAACAAGAAGUCUGACGUGCUGGACGAAAUCUUGUUGGCGGUGGACGCAAAGCAGAGUGAUUUGAAGUUGAAGGCUGCCCCACCUACUGAGGAGAGCCAGGUCGGGGCUUCCGGCUUCCUGCAGACUGCAGGGAGAUUGCUGUUGGAAAGAAAACAGUGUGAGAAGGGCCGAGAUGGCUAUGGAAGACGCUUUACUGUUUAUGACGUUAUUGCCACCGCUCUGCAUGAACACGUGGACCCGAAGCUGCUUCCGGGCGAGGGGCAGUUGAUGGAUAAGUCCAAAUUUGACGCAGACGCCUUGAACGAAGACCAUGUCCAAAAUGUUGCUGAAGCACUUUUGGCAACAUACCCAUAUGAACGCUUGGGUAGUGCGUAUUUGCUGGGGGAUGCGUGCUUGCAGCUGAACCACUUGUGGAAUGGAGGCCUCCUAGGCCUAGCUGAGGGGAACCCCAUCAAAGACAAGUCUAUUCGGGAUUGUGCCCUCAAAGAAGGUGAGACAAUGAAGCGGCUUUUGUCUUACAUUCGAACUUCAGGGUACAAGAACGAUCUUGGUCGUUCUGAUCGGGUCACCUAUUUGAAAACCUUGGCCAACCAGCGGUCGUCAAUGGAUAUCGAUGUCAUCAACCGCACCUUGGAGCUUCUAGGGUUCCUGGUCUGCAGUGGUGGUGUUUGCCGAUUGUCACGUGUAAAAUGUUUUGAACCCUUGGAGCUGGAGGCUUGA